AUGAUAUUGUUGCAGGUUAAGCAGAAUGGAUUCUUUCCUGCAGAUUUACUUUUCUUGGCCAGUACAAAUGCAGAUGGUGUCUGCUACAUUGAGACUGCUAAUUUGGACGGGGAGACCAAUUUGAAGAUUAGGAAAGCAUUGAAAAAGACCUGGGAUUACCUGACCCCAGAGAAGGCAUCCGAGUUUAAAGGUGAAAUUCAAUGUGAACAACCGAACAAUUCCUUGUAUACAUUUACCGGAAAUCUUUUGAUUCAAAAGCAGACACUUCCACUGCCCAAACCAGAUUCUUUUGCGAAUUACUUGAGUGUUUUUUCUUUGGGAUGCAGUCUCAGAAAUACAGAGUAUAUUGUUGGUGUUGUUAUUUUUACAGGACAAGAAACAAAGUUAAACAGUAUUUUGUUACUACUUUCUAAUAGUUUUUUAUUGUUUUUUUUUCAAGAGGACGACGUAGAUGACGAAUUUCAAGAGGACGACAUAGAUCUAGAUGAUGAAUUUCAAGAGGAGGAUAUAGAUGGUGAAUUUCAAGAGGACGACGUAGAUGAAGAAUUUAUGGAGGAUGACAUAUCUAACGAAUUUCAAGAGGACGAUCUGGAUGCUUUACUCCUAGAAGACAAACUUGAAUGA